UAUUUGACGCUGCGAGCUCAGUCGUACCAUUCCAUUGCGCUGCAUUUGCGGAUACUCUAUGCGUGCAUUCGAUGGGCCGACAUGCGUCGUGAUCCAGAAGAAGUAAUUUGUUGUACUUUGUUUGUUUUGUCCGUGGCGUAUAAGCUCCAGUUUGUUGUUCUGGGUGGCUGUGAUUUAGUGCUGCGUAAAAAGAAACCUGUGAAAGGGCGAUCGUUGAACGGGACGGCGCGAAUGGACAAAGUGAAAACAUUUGAGAAGUGGAUCGAUGGCACUGAGCUGAAGCUUUGGGAAAUAGCUGAAUAUUGGAAAAGCCUCGAAAAUCGCACAAAACGUGGUUCGGCGACGCCUUUUGUUUUGAAAGGUUUUGUUGCUAUCUAA